AUGGGUUUUUUUUCUUUUCUAGAUGAUGAUACAGUAGCCAAAGAACUCAGUCAAUCAGUGAGAGUGUUAUGUUGGGUUAUGACGUCACCAAAAACCCUAGAAAAGAAGGCUCGAAAUGUAAAGAAUACGUGGGGGAAACGCUGUAAUCAUUUGUUAUUUUUUAGUUCUGUAGACAAUAAAACAUUUCCAAGUAUAGGACUUGGAGUUCCAGAAGGUCGGGAACAUUUAACCGGAAAAACAAUGAGAGCCUUCAGACAUAUCUAUGAAAAUUAUUACGACAAAGCAGAUUGGUUCAUGAAAGCAGAUGAUGACACUUACGUCAUAGUUGAAAAUCUACGUUACUUCCUCUCGGGACAAAAUACGUCAGAUCCGGUGUAUUUUGGACACCGGUUUAAAGUGAUCGUAAAGCAAGGAUAUUAUAGUGGAGGUGCGGGGUAUGUACUUAGUAAGGAAGCCCUUAGACGAUUCGGUCUUUACGGAAAUGACUCCAAAAAGUGUCGGCAAGAUGGAGGAGCAGAAGAUGCCGAGAUGGGAAAUUGCUUGUAUAAGCUUGGUGUUAAGACUGGGAAUUCGUUGGAUGUUAUGAAUAGAACUCGCUUCCAUUGUUUCAAUCCUGAAACUCAUUUAUUUGGUGGCUUUCCUAACUGGUAUCUGAAAUAUGAUAAUGAUGGCGCAAAGCACGGAACAGAAAAUAUUAGCGACUAUGCAAUUUCGUUUCACUACAUAUCGCCGGAGAAAAUGUACAGUUUAGAAUUUUACAUUUAUCAUUUAAGACCUUACGGUUUGGUGUCGAAACCACAAAACCUAAAUAACAAAGCGAUUGCGUUACCACCCGUGAAUACCUGA